GAUCGUGAAAUGAGCCAACGAGACCAAUAUGCAGGUGGUCAGCCUCUCCCCGUCCAAAUCGUCUACUUCUUCACAUCGGGGAACAGCGGCGGCGACGACAGGUCCGAAGGUGAAAAAAACAAGUCGAGCAAGAGCGGAGCCAAACGUAGUUCGCCAAUAAAAUUGAAUCCCUGCAAACCCUUGCAGAUUUGGUAUCGGGUCAAAGAAAAGAAUCCAAAUCCAACUCGCGCUUAGCAUCGCUGACCCUUCAGGAUAUUCAGGCUUGGACAAGCACGACGAAUCUCCAGACCAAGCCGCUGUCAAUUGUGGAGGAGGCUGCCCCUAUGGACGAAACCACCAUUACAUUGGCGGCGGAAAUCACUACGGAACAACCUCCGUUAGCAUGAUUUGGUGAGAUCUUUCCUUUACCCUCUUCUUUUGUUCUUUUAUUUCUCUUUUAUUAUGUAUGUCUCCAAUAAUGUUAAAAUUCUCUCGUGGAAUAUGGGUAGAGCAGGGAGCAAAGCGUUUGCCCGAUCCCCCGCUACUCACAAUCCUAACUCAUAGACCUGAUUUCCUUGUUUUGCUCGAGUCGCAGAUUAGCAGAAAUACGGAAGAUGCGAUUUGUGACAUGCUAGGUUACCCGAUUAUAAUUCGAGUGGAGGCUGAUGGUAGGAUGGGGGGCAUCUGGGUCUUCUGAGAUGUCAGUGUUUUGUCAGCCCAAAUUAUCUCCGCAUGUAACCAGCAUCUUUCUCUACGCAUUUCUCAAGUUAAUUCCAGUCCUUGGAUUCUCACAACGGUCUACGCCGCUCCCAGGCAAAGCGAGCAAAGGGAACUAUGGGAAAGGCUCAUUUUUCAGAGUCGAGAGAUAAAUAACCGUGGAUCGUGACAGGAGACUUCAAUGUUAUCCGUUCCUCGGAGGAGAAGUCAGGGGCCGCCUCGGCGUCUACCAUUUGUCGUUGCCAUCGUUUUAACGAGCAUAUUAACGAGGCUGAGCUAAUUGAUCUCAGCUUCGCUGGCCCGUGCUUCACCUGGACUAGAGGCUCACAACAUGGCACCUGCAAAGCUAGCUGUAUCGACAAGAGUCUCUGCAAUCUCGAGUGGAAUUCUGCCUUCCCCAAUACCGUUGUUCUUCACCUUCCUCGCCUCAACUCUGAUCACAAUCCGAUUCUUACCACAAUUGCUACUCAGGGGCAUUUGACAUCUCUCUGUCUCUCCCUCUCUCUCGCCCUUUUAGGUUUGAAGCUGCGUGGUUUACACAUACUAAUUUCUUGGAUUUUGUAACAGGACAAUGGAGGCAAGACAAAGUGCUUCCUGAUGCCCUUCACGAGCUGGCCACCAAUCUUCAGGACUGGAACACUGACGUGUUUGGGAAUUUUCAGCAACACAAACGACGUCUUUUGGGGCGGCUUUGCGGGGUGGAAUCAAGGCUGACCAUCAUGUUCACCUCUGGCCUAGCCAAGCUUCACUCUAAGCUAGAGGCGGAGCUAGACAAGGUGUUGGAGCAAGAGGAGAUCCUUUGGUUUCAAUGGGCUAGGGAGAAGUGGGUCGAAUUUGGGGAGUGGAAUACUGCCUAUUUCCAUCAACAGACCAACAUCAAGAGACGACGCAACAAGAUUAAGACUUUAUAGGAUUCCAAUGGAGAAUGGGUAGAUGAUCCAACUUUAUUGGCUGCUUUAGUCUUUGAGUUUAUUGCUUUCUACCAGCAAUUGUGGCAAACUGUGGGGAGAAGUCUGACUGAUAUGGUUUUCUUGUUCUUCUUCACCGGUUCUCUACCAGAAGCUGUCCUAGAAUCUACUUUAGUUCUUAACCCGAAAGUGGAAACACCUGAGACGGUGACGCAGCUUCGCCCUAUCUCUCUAAACAAAGUCAGUCUGAAGGCGAUCACUAAGGAUAUGACCAACCGGCUGAAACCGGUCAUGAGGAAGCUGAUAUCUUCAUGUCAAAGUAGUUUCAUUCCUGGGAGACAGACGACUGAUAAUAUUAUCGCAGUUCAGGAGAUUCUGCACUCUUUCAGGAAGAAGAAGGGGAAGAAAGGAGGGAUGAUCUUCAAAAUUGACCUUGAGAAGGCAUAUGACAGUCUUAGGUGGGAUUUUCUUCGAGACACGUUGAAGGAGGUUGGGCUGCCAAGCUCCUGGAUCAACUUUAUUAUGUUCUGUGAGGACAGAAUGCCCAUGCACGCCUUUCCUCGUUUAAGCCAGACCGAGAUGCAAUGCCUCUCCGACCGUUCACGAUUCAGGACAUUCAUAAAGUCAUAUUUUAUAUGAAGCCCUACCAAGCUCCCGGACCCGACGGCUAUCAAGCAGCUUUCUACCAGCAAUUGUGGCAAACUGUGGGGAGAAGUCCGACUGAUAUGGUUUUCUUGCUCUUCUUCACUGGUUCUCUGCUAGAAGCUGUCCUAGAAUCUACUUUAGUUCUUAACCCGAAAGUGGAAACACCCGAGACGGUGACGCAGCUUCGGCCUAUCUCUCUAAACAAAGUCAGUCUGAAGGCGAUCACUAAGGAUAUGACCAACCGGCUGAAACCUGUCAUGAGGAAGCUGAUAUCUUCAUGUCAAAGUAGUUUCAUUCCUGGGAGACAGACGACUGAUAAUAUUAUCGCAGUUCAGGAGAUUCUGCACUCUUUCAGGUAGAAGAAGGGGAAGAAAGGAGGGAUGAUCUUCAAAAUUGACCUUGAGAAGGCCUAUGACAGUCUUAGGUGGGAUUUUCUUCGAGAUACGUUGAAGGAGGUUGGGCUGCCAAGCUCCUGGAUCAACUUUAUUAUGUCUGUGUGGAACACAACCGCAUGCGAGUUCUUUGGAAUGGGUCCCUUUCUCCAGUUAUCACCCCAACCCGCAGUGUUCGCUAGGGAGAUCCCUUCUCCCCUUACCUUUUUGUCUUGGCGCAGGUUGUGGGAUUGAUAGAGCGGUCCUGAAUAAGCGGUGGAAGCCUUUGAAACUUAUUCAGAAUGGACCUCCUCGCACGCAUCUCUUUUUUGUAGAUGAUCUUCUGCUCUUUGCGGAGGCUGAAUCGAGGAAGAUCAGGAUCAUCAAUGCUUGUCUGGAUGAAUUUUGCUUUAGCUCGGGCCAAAGGAUCAACUACAACAAGUCUAUGGUGCAUAUCUCUCUGAACAUCCCCAGAUCCAAGGCAGUGGCCUUGAGCCAAAAAGCGGAUAUUCCUCUCAAAGUAGAGUUAGGGAAGUAUCUUGGCAUCGAGUCCAUUCACGGGCGGGUCACGAGGGCGAGAUAUCAAGGACUGGUGCUGCGUAUUCAUAAAAAUUGGCACCUUGGAAAAGUAGAAUGCUAUCGCUGGCUGGCCGUCUCACAGUAGCCAGUUCGGUAACUUCCUCUAUUCCUGUCUAUCAUAUGAAUACUGAGUUGAUUCCGAGUGUAGUUUGCAAAGGCAUAUACAAGAUCAAUAGAGAUUUCAUCUGGGGGGAUGAAGAGAAUCAACCCAAGAUGCAUUUGGUGGCUUGGAAGAAGAUGACUUUCCCGAAGAGUCAGGGAGGAGCAGGACUUGGAUCUCUCAGACAGGCGAAUUUAGAAAUGCUAGCGAAGAAUGGAUGGCGGCUCAUAAAAGACAAAGAUGGCCUGUGGUCCAGAGUCAUGCGUGCGAAGUACGGUAGACAGAGGGACAGCUUGGACAUCCUCAGACCAAUUCAGGGAAGUUCCUUUACCUGGAAGAGCUUUGCUAAAGCGUCGACCUUCUCGGGAAGGGUUGUGCUUGGAACAAUGCAGUCAAAAGAAAGAUUCUACCUAGAAUUGAAAAAGGGAUAAGAUCGUAAAGUGUAGAAUUAAAGCGUAAAAGCGUAAGUUUUUUACGCAUACUGUAAAAGAACUAAAAAUAUGUUAAGUACGACAUAUACUAUGAAAAAUAUGAGUGCACAAACCUAAAUCGUAUCAAGAGCAAAUUAUAGCAAAUUAUAGCCUCUUAAUAAAUACUUGAAUCUCAUGUCUAAAGUAGAGCAAAUUAUAGCCUCUUAAUAAUAAGUUCAUAAACCUAAAUCGUAUCAAGAAGCCACCUUCCCCUCCAUGCUAAUGAAUUUGAGAAGAGCCUAGACGGUGAAUUAGAUUACUUUAUUGAAGUUCAGAAUGCAUCAAAGUAUAUGGUAUGUAUCUUUUAAUCUUAAACUUAUCAUAUUGUCAGUGAUUUAUUUUUAAAAUAUACUUUUUAUAAUUAAUUUCAUGAAAAGAAUACCCAUUCAGUGAAGUAAAAGCGUAAAAAUGUA